UUCAAUAAUUAUUAUUUUUAUCUAAUGUCGAUAUAAAAAUCAUAAAAUACUGGGUUACAAAAUGCUAAACACGUCGACAAGAUUUAUACGGACACCCAAUUAUGACGACUUGUUUUUCUUUGAAGAUGACUUACCGCCAAAAGUGAAGAUUGUGUCUCAUUUUGCGAGUCCACCGCUUGUGGCCAACUGUAGCCGUACAUCGACUCAAUGUUUGGUUACGCCAACCCUUCCCAAUAUACUUGUCUGGUGGACAUUUCGCGGCGACAACGCCAGCAAAUUGCCAUCGGUUCACAUUAGCCGGACGUCGCCUAACGAGUGGAAACUGUCGAUUGAAUGCGCAACACUCCACCAUUCGGGCACCUGGGCCUGUCACGCAGCACUGGCCAAUGAAACACAACGGGUCUAUCGCAAAGAGGCCGUCAUUCAGGUUUACGUACCGGUCAGUAUAGAAGUAGUUCCCAACAAUGGUGUGGUUCGUCAACUAAUUGGUAAUACCGUACAACUGAAAUGUUUGGUCACAACGUAUCCAAAAGCAGUGAUCAAUUGGACAAAAAUUGUCAAUAAUGUGGCCGUCAAUGCCGUAUCCGAAGAUGAUCAGAGACUUCGUAUUGUCAAUAGUGAUGUAAGCGAGACAUUACAGUCAACCCAAUUGGUAAUCGACAGCAUCCGUGAGUCCGACAACGGGACGUAUGUUUGUCACGCAAAGAAUGAGUACAACAACCAAAGUGAAGGACAUAUGACACUUGUGGUCAUACAAAAAGCUCAACUUUACUUUGAGAGGACACAAGCACUCAGUGCCCGUUCCCUACAACUGUUUUGGCGAGUGGUCACCGACGGCAACGCUGAUAUCACGGCAUUCAUAUUGGAAAUGAAAAAUUACACAACAGAUGAACACAAUGAUCAACAAUGGCAUCGUAUUGAUGCACACCUGGAUGUCAAUGCUGUACAAACCGGAUCUUAUCAUAUCGUACACUAUUUAGCGCCGGCAGUCACUUACGGUUUCCAAUUGGCCGCAAUCAAUAGUGCAGGUCAGUCUGAAUGGGGUGUAAUAAACGCGACGAUGCCGUCAGAUGUGCCCAAUAAGAUCGAUGAGAUGCGAGUGUUGGCCACAACUAACGAAACUUUAUUAAUUGGUUGGAAGCGACCGCACGAUAACGGCGCCCAUAUAUCGGAAUAUAAAAUGGAGUUACGAAAUGACGGUCAGAGUUCGGUAAUCGGUGAGACUAUGAUUGUAAAAGACGCACAACAGGAGGUCCGCCGUAAUUAUAUGUAUAUCUUUGUUGGUCUCGAACCGGCCACCAAAUACUCAUUUCAAGUGCGUGCCUGUUCAUACCUGGGUUGCGGUCCGUGGUCUGAGCCCCAAUUGCCUGCUCAGACCAGUGAUGGUAACUCGGAAGCACCCGAAAAGCUUAAAAUAAUUUGCAGUUUUGACUCCCGUCGCUCAGCAAACUUUGCUAACAUAACUUGGAGUCCAGCGGUCAACGCUCGGGGGACAGUCAUUGGAUACAAUGUGACUGUUGUCGGCAGUGCUCGGUAUCGUAACGGCAAUGACCAUAUUGUUACCGACCAUAUCGUUGAGUGGCAUCGCAUUCAUAGCAAUACGACACAUCAGAUUCAGCUGCCAUUAAAAGCCAACACUAACUAUACGGUUCAGUUGUGUGCUAUCAAUCUCAGUGGUUGUGGCACAUGGACUGACAUCACUACCGCUUCUCAAUGCUCGACUGGAUCCCAUUUACAGCACAACUUCCCCGACGAUAUCAAGUUAGUGAUCACUGAAUCAAUGGGACAAUUGAAAAUACUAUUGCCCAGAGUGUCGGAACGGUUUGGUUUUAUUACCUGUUAUCGGGUAUAUAUGAUCAAAAUGCCCACCGGCUAUACACUGACCGAUCUCAAUCAUUACCGACCAUCGGAGCUCAAUUUGACCAGUUAUGCAAAAGUACACUAUAAUCAAGUGCUCAAACCUCAGGCAUACAUUGCCGAUGAGAUACCGUCACAUGAGUUCAACAAUGAAGUAAUUAUUGGGGAUCGCAAGUACUCCAGUUGUGUUAGUGCAGAGAAAGACCAUUUGGUGCUCAAUGGAGGGGAACAGGUGGCUAAUGGUACGACCACUGGUGAGCCAGUCAUCGAUGACGGACCAUUAGCUGAACUCACCAAUUAUACCGGUUUUGUUGAAAUUCACGUAUUAGGAGCUAAUGGAGAAAUAUUGCGCAAACAAAGCACAUACUUGAGUCCUAUACAGACCAGUUCGUCACCAUUACUAUCAAUGCCGACCACCACUAACUCUGUAUCGCCAUUAUUAUCAUCGAUUGGUAAUCCCAGUACAACAACAAUCCUUUUAUGCCUUAUUAGUGGAAUUGCAAUAAUUUUGUUAAUAAUUAUUUUGAUACUUUGGUUACUUAUCCGCCGAAACAGCGAUGCCAACAAUGACCGGUCGUCAUCAUCAGCUCGGAACCGGUCAGUGGCCGCUCAGGAAAAACUAAAUUCUUUGCAGCGCUCAAAACACAUCCAUACAAACGGAUUGAUAGUUAAUGGAGUAUUGCCACAGACUAUCCAUUCACUUAACUAUACCAGUGAUCAACUGACUGAUAAUGAGACCAACAAUAUGUCAGGAAUAUCAACACUACCGAUACCAGUGAUAAGUUUACCGCAAAUUUAUAAAGAGAGAAGUGCUAACAAUAACCGUUUCUUUGAAAUGGAGUUCCAACUGAUACCCAAACAGUUUGAUGACAGGACAUGUCUGGCCAGUGAAGCAGAAUAUAACGCGAUUAAGAAUCGGAUGCCAUCAGUCAAGUGCUACGACCAGACACGAGUACGGUUGUCAUUGAUUGAUGACAAGCCUGGAUCCGACUACUAUAAUGGUAAUGUUGUGGCCUAUAAUAAUAAACUAUACAUUUGUUGUGAAACACCUAUGGAUGUGACACUUCAAGACUUUUGGCGUAUGAUCUAUGAGUACGAGUCGUCCGUAAUUGUGAUGUUGACCACCGGUUGUGACGAACAGUGCCGCCAAAAGUGUUGCCAGUAUUGGUCUGAUGAUAGUACCAAACAAAUUGGCGACCAAUUUAUUGUCAAUGUCCAGAGUGUCCGCAUUUAUUCCGAUUACAUUAUAAGGCGCUUCAAACUGUCAACAGCUGACCAAAAGUACACAAGAGAUGUAUUGCAGUUUCAGUAUAUGAUGUGGAAGGAGACACUAACCACCAGUGCAGCCGAAAUGUUACCGUCGGGUAUACUCAGACUAAUCAAACACGUCAACGAACAUUACUGUCCCGAUAGGGGACCCAUAGUUGUUCACUGUUGCAAUGGUUUGGGCCGAUCGGCCACUUAUAUUGCCAUCGAUAGUCUUCUACCAGAAAUAAUAGCCGGCUUUGUAAACAUCUACGAGUGUGUACUCCAUCUACGAUAUCAACGAAACCGGUGCAUACCUGAGCUGCAACACUAUAUGUUCAUUUAUAAGGCACUGCUAGAGUUUGCCGUAUUUGGCGACACCGAAGUAGAUGUCGAUCAUUUCGAAAGCUAUUAUCACCAAAUUAUUGAGGAACAGAUCGAUAACGUGAAUCUACUUAAUACACAAUUUGAUAGACUGGAGUUUAUAGUAGAUGAGUCCAAGUCCUGUGAAUUUGCAUUAUUGCCGGAAAAUGUCGAUAAAAAUCGUUUCAUUCAUGUGAUUCCCUAUGAUAUCAAUCGUGUUAUACUACCGGCCAAUAUCGAUGACCAAUCGUCUCCAUAUAUCAAUGCAUCGUUUAUUCAGGGUUACGACUGUUACCUGACAUAUAUUGCAACUCAAGAUCCGUUGGAGUCAACCCUAAAGGACUUUAUAUGUAUGAUAUAUGAACAAAAUGUGACUACAAUUGUGAUGCUCUCUCAAGACAUGGAUCUCUGCUACUGGCCUUUAACUGAGACUAAGUAUGACAACUACACUAUUAAGGCUAUCGGUGACAUACCUGUCCAAAAUACAACUUCUACGACCGCUAUUGAGUUACAAAUAUCCAAACUGAGUGCUGAUCAAAAUAGCAACAAUACGGUACAAAUAGUGACAGUGUAUCGUCUAUAUGGUUGGUCAGACCAUCCGGUACCAGCAAAUGUUACACUGGCUGUACUUGACUUAUGUGAUACCAUACUUUCCAAUAUGACUGUUGGCACCCAAUCACCAAUUGUAGUGCACUGUUGUAAUGGUUCCCAGAGAAGUGCUAUCUUUAUAUCACUGCUCAGUCUUUUACAACAGAUAAGAGUCGAUAAAAGACUGGAUGUAUUUCAGACGGCCAGAGCUCACAAAAUGCAGAAGUCCUCAGCCUUCCAGUGUUUUGAAGAGUAUGCCUUCCUCUACACAGCGCUCAUGGAUUAUGUGGUGACACGAAAUCUGUGCGACACAAGUGAUGUUGUAUUAUAAAUAGGAUAACGAUUUGGACGGUACAUACACUGUAGGAAACCAUUGAAUAACUGCAGUACUAAAGAAAGAAAGAAAGAAAGAAAAAACAUUGUCAACAAAACAAACGGUCAUUGAAAUGGCUGAUCAAUUAAGUGGUAAAAACAUUAUUGGAAACUGUUUUGUCCGGUGAUGGACGUGUCGGUGCUCUUUGUGUUCAGUCAUUUCAUUGAUCAAUAAAAAACUGGUGUAAUUGCUAU